CGCCUUAUUCACUUCUCACAGCCUGAUAGGCACUGAAGCUUGAUUUCUUUCCCUUAUAUCACACCUAACGUACCUGCCGCCAUGGCAGACUUGCACUUUGCUGGUACUGAUGAGGAGAACGCCGAACUGAAGAAGCUGAAUGCGGAGGUGCUUGAGGAUACCGAUAAUUUCGAGAACUGGGAGAAACUAGUUCGGGCUGCCGAAAGCCAAGAAGGCGGCAUUAACCGGAACUCCAGUCCCCAGGCGAUCACCACCACGAGAGCAAUAUACGACAAGUUCUUGGCCAAAUUUCCCUUAUUAUUCGGAUACUGGAAAAAAUAUGCCGACUUGGAGUUUUCUAUCGCUGGUACGGAGUCCGCUGAAAUGGUUUAUGAGAGAGGUGUCGCAAGCAUCACGAAUUCAGUAGACCUUUGGACAAACUACUGUACCUUUAAGGUUGAUACCACUCAUGAUCCAGAUGUCAUUCGAGAGCUCUUUGAGCGUGGUGCCAAUUGUGUAGGCCUUGAUUUUCUGUCGCACCCUUUCUGGGAUAAGUAUCUUCAGUUUGAAGAGAACUUAGAGGCUGGCGACAAUAGGAUAUUUGCGAUCUUGGGCCGAAUCAUCCAAAUCCCUAUGCACCAGUAUGCGCGAUACUUCGAGACGUAUCGUCACUUAGCACAAGCUAGACCCUUGACGGAGCUUGCGCCUCCUGAGACUAUCGCUCAAUUUAGAGCAGAGGUUGAAGGCGCUGCAGCCGGCAUCCCGCCGGGAUCUAGAAGUGAAGCAGAGAUUGAAAGGGAUGUCCGAUUGCGCGUAGAUGGCUAUCACUUGGAAACCUUCACUCGAACACAAACGGAGACCACCAAGCGAUGGACUUACGAGUCUGAGAUUAAACGUCCUUACUUCCAUGUAACGGAACUUGACGAUGGACAGUUGGCUAACUGGAGGAAGUACCUUGACUUCGAAGAAUCGGAGGGUUCGUAUGCAAGAACGCAAUUUCUCUAUGAGAGAUGUCUCGUCACUUGUGCCCACUAUGAUGAAUUUUGGAUGCGUUAUGCCCGAUGGAUGUCCGCCCAGGACGGAAAAGAAGAAGAGGUGCGAAAUAUAUACCAACGCGCUAGCACACUCUAUGUCCCAAUUUCGAGGCCCACUAUUCGGUUGCACUACGCCUACUUCGAAGAGAUGUGUGGCAGAACCGAUAUUGCCAAGGAUGUCCAUAGUGCGAUCCUUGUUUCGCUGCCUGGCCAUGUGGAAACAAUAAUAUCGUUUGCAAACAUGUCACGACGUCACGGAGGAUUGGAUGCUGCGAUUGACGUUUAUAAGUCACAGAUUGAUUCCACCCAGUGCGAUAUUCAGGCGAAAUCUGCAUUGGUCGCCGAAUGGGCUAAGCUUCUCUGGAAGAUUAAGGGAGUACCGGAGGAGGCUCGACAAGUCUUUCAAAACAACCAACAUUGGUAUCCUGAUAGCCGUCCGUUCUGGAUGAGUUAUUUGACCUUUGAGCUCGAGCAACCAACAAGUGCUGAUACGGAAGGUACUCAAUACGAAAGGAUCAAGCAGGUCAUCGAGGAUGUCCGCACAAAGAGUAGCCUAUCCACACAGGUGGCCAAGGAACUACUUCAGAUCUACAUGGUCUACCUGUUGGAGCGAGGUUCAAAGGAUGCCGCGAAAGAGUACAUGGCUCUCGAUCGUGAAGUGAACGGACCCCAGUCUGUACAAACGAUCAUGAAGAAUGCAGAAGCUCAGAAAGAUAAUACUGCUAAACCCACAGCUGUUGAAAACGGUAACCAAACGUCUGCUGAGGUUCCUGUCCAGUCUCCUCUUCAACCUGCCACCCAAGUGCCUGAUAAUCCUUAUAACAAGUACUACCAGCCACCAGUUUCAUCUAAUGGGGCCGCCAUGCCUGUCAAGUAUCCGUAGUUAUACUGUUCGGUAUAUUCCACAGUUUCCAAAAUUGCUUAGGGGAAGUUAGGUUAUUUGGUGUAUAGACGAAGCCUACGCGACAGGCAUAUCAUGGAACAAUAAUGACGGCCUCUGUAUAUUGGGGAUUAGCAGCACGGCUUUCAGUGGGGAUGAGUGUACGAUGCUCUGCGAUCAGGGUGGACAGCGUCUGGCCCUCCUUUUCUGAAUUCUCGGCAUGUACUCUACUAA